AUGCCUUCCUCCAUCUCUCUUAUCAUCGCAGCCGCCGUCUCCGGCGCGAUCAUCCUCUUCUCCACCAUAUCCUCGGCGGCGCCAGUUUCCGGUGUCCGCCGUCCAUUCAGCAAAAUCUACGCCUUCGGCGACUCUUUCACCGACACCGGAAACUCACGCUCCGGCGAAGGUCCCGCCGGAUUCGGACACUUGUCAAGCCCUCCAUACGGCAUGACUUACUUCAAGCGACCCACAAACCGUUAUUCCGACGGACGUCUCACCAUCGACUUCGUGGCACAGUCGUUGAACUUGCCGUUUCUGCCACCGUAUCUCCACCUCAGAUCAACUAAAGGUAGUAACGGCACCGCUACGGACUCUUACGGCGUUAACUUCGCCGUCUCUGGAGCAACGGUGAUCAAACACGCUUUCUUCAGGAAGAACAACCUGACGUUUGAUAUGACUCCACAGUCUAUCGAGACGCAGCUUGGCUGGUUCGACAAGUAUUUAGAGACACUUGGAGAGAAACAGAAGGUUUCUUUGUUUAAAGAUUCUCUGUUUUGGAUCGGAGAGAUCGGAGUGAACGACUACGCGUACACACUUGGAUCUACUGUUUCAAGCGACACCAUUAGAGAACGUAGUAUUUCCAUAUUUACAAGGUUUUUGGAGACAAUGCUGAACAAAGGUGUGAAAUAUAUGUUGGUACAAGGACAUCCCGCGACUGGAUGCUUGACGUUAGCAAUGUCGCUGGCCCCAGAAGACGACCGGGACAAACUAGGAUGUGUGCAAAGUGUCAAUAACCAGAGUUACACUCACAAUCUUGCUUUACAAUCCACACUUAAACAACUUAGGAUCAAGUAUCCGAACGCCACAAUAGUGUACGCAGAUUACUGGAACGCGUACCGUACGGUGAUACAAAACCCUAGCAAGUACGGCAUCACCGAGAAGUUCAAGGCGUGCUGCGGAGUCGGAGAGCCGUACAACUUCCAAGUGUUCGAGACGUGUGGGGCGGCUUCAGCGACAGCGUGUAAGAACCCGAGCCAAUACAUUAACUGGGACGGAGUCCACUUGACUGAGGGCAUGUAUAAGGUUAUGGCCGAUAUGUUCCUCGGCGGUAGUUUCACUCGUCCUAAGUUUAGUUACUUGUUGGGCAAGAGACUACAUCGAUUAUGA